UAGAUAUAGAAAAGCAUUGACUUGUUGACUCAUCCGACAGUCCCAAUCUGGAUCUCUCCCAAGUCUCAACUCCCAAGCCAAAACCCAAAUCAAUCAGACAACAAAAGUAGAAACCUUUCACAGAAAGAAAACUAAACAUGGGCGGUGGCGAAGACGACAAGAAGAGAGGUAUAUCCACCAGUGGUCAUCCUCCUCCUUCGGCUCCCGAGUAUGGAACCUUCCAAGGCGUCGCCAACUAUCCUCCUCCACCGCCGCCCGGCGGCUUCCCUCAGCCAGUUCCUCCGCCGGGAGCCACCGACCCACCACCUCCGUACUACCCUCAGGGCUAUCAGACCGUUCCCGGUUAUGCAGUUGCUGAGGGAAGACCUGUAAGACAGCGUCGCCUGCCUUGUUGUGGUUUGGGUCUCGGCUGGUGCCUGUUUAUCAUUGGUUUCUUCCUUGCUACUAUUCCAUGGUAUGUUGGGGCGAUUAUUCUAGUUUGUUCCAGGAAUAGGAUGGACUACCGAGAGAAACCAGGAUAUAUCGCUUGCUCAGUUGGCGCUAUUCUUGCUACAAUUGGUAUUGUCCUUGGUGCCACAAAGGGAAGUGAUGCCUGGUAGUCUCACGGAGAAGAGUUGUAUAGCUAUUGAUGCACAUUCAGAUUCCUUGAAAGAAUAUGAGGGGUGUCAAUUAGCCUAUAUACCUAGUGCUUAAACUUGUGGAACUCACUGUAACCUCGAGGAUUCAUGUUGGUAUUGUAAUAUGUAGCUUAAACUGUGAAUGGUGCAAUGAAAAUGUUAAAAGAUGAUUAUGUUGAUA